GUAACCGGAAGUGAUGUGUGACAAGCACCUUGUGCCCAUUGUAAGGACGAAUUUCAUUGGACAAUAACGAUGAGUAGCUACGGCCAACUGGAUGUGUUUACAUCGCCAUUGCAGUAGUCGGUGCACUUGGAUACUCGAUAUUUUGCCGAUGAAAAAAGGCUGAAGUGUAAUAAUUGAAAGCAAAGAAAUAUUAGGUGUAUUCAAGGCUUAAUGCUAUGCAUUUAACGUAAAAGGCUGGGUGUAUGGUGAAAUCAGACAUGACCUGCGCCACAGAAGUUGUAGGCAGCUGGUUUCCAACUGGUUACUAUGGGCAUUUCCGGAGUAAGACAAGAAAUGAUUUUGUAUGUGAAUACAGACAGGUAGCAAAGCCACAGCCUCCAAAAAAGUUCUUCAAUAGGUCAAAGCAACCUACAGCGAAACAUGUGUUUUCUAACCACGACAACAGAGAAUCUUUCCUAAAUGAUGCCCUGUACUUUGAACAAGGUUUAGGACGUAAGAGGGCACCAAACAGGGCAUAUAGCUUCAAGCAGGACUUUAUAACAUGGAUGCCAGAAAGGGAAUAUGUUCAGCGAACGAUGCGGCCUUUGGUGUCAACGUACAAAAUGGACUUCAAAACUGGAAAAAAUGUACCUCAAAUCUAUGUGAAGAAACCCCCGUCCUCUUUUGAAGGGGUAACAACAUCAUACAGAUAUGCACACGGUAGUGAGACGGCCGACCCAAACAAAAAAAUGAUCAACUGUAUGAACAAUGAGGCCCUUAAACUUAGUUUGUUAAAUAGGAAAAAUCGUGCCAUGUCUGCAAGAGGUACAGUUCGUGAAACCGUGGCCUCCUGCAUGAACUGGUACAACCCAGCAAGAGAUCGACCGAAAACCGCGUUUCAAAAUGAAUCCAUGUCGGCAGCAACUCAGACGACAAUGUUACAACCCCACCCUCCCUCUGAACCAGCCCCUCACAGGGUAGAAACAGCCCCACCGGCAGCACCAGAAAGGCAGGAAACAAUGGCACCGUCUAGAGAGGCCACCAUGGUUCUACCAGAGCCUGUUAACCGACAACCUCAACCGACUAUUGCAUGGGCACCACCACAGCCAGCCGCUGUAGAAGUGGCGUGUGCGUAAAACAACUGAUUAGGGCUGUAUAGUAGACUGCACACUUACACUAAGAGCAGUCCCUGUAAAUGUUUAUUGGACAGAAUGAAUGUUGUUUUUAUCUAAUCAGAUGUUAAGUGUGGUAGCUUAUGUCUGUACUAUACCAAAGAAAGAUACCAAAGUACGCUG